AGUUUAUCAUUCAUUCAAUGUGAUUCGACUCAAGAGCGAUACAAUAUUUCCCUAUAUCAAUGUUUCUCCUGAUCAUACUUAGUGUUACUAUCAUAAUUUUUAGUUUCAUCUAUUGGAACGGCGAAUCCAAUGAGAGAUAUUGGAAAAAACGUGGUGUUAAAUUCUACACGAAGAACAAAGUACUUGGAGUAUUUUGGGACUUCCUGACGAAAGAUGGACCUUUAUUUCAAAUAUGGCACGAUAUUUACAAGCAAUAUCCUAACGAACCCGCCGUUGGAGUAGGUUCUUUUCUCACGCCGGCACUUUAUGUUCGAGAUCCAGUAAAUGUACAACAUGUGUUGGCAACAAACUUCAACGCCUUCAGUCACAGAGGAUUCGACCCCAACAAAGAAGAUAUUUUGGCAAAUAACAUUCUAUUCCUGAAUGGAAAAAAGUGGCAGCUGGUCAGACAGAGCUUGACACCUUUAUUUACUUCAACCAAAUUAAAAAGCAUGUAUUACAUAAUGGAAAAAAGUGCACAAGAUUAUAUCAGUUAUUUAAAAGAUAAUCCAAAUUCAAUGAAAGGCGAUACAUUUAAUAAUCUCUCAACAUUUUGCAGUGCGGCCAUCGGUGGUGCUGUAUUUGGUGUGACAACAGAGUCCAUAUUUAAGUCUCCUUUCUUAGCAGUGGCGCAAAAAGCAUUAGAACCAACUUUUAUCCGAAAUAUUAAAUUUACUAUUUCUAACCUGAGUUCAAAUAUGUUUAAAAUAUUAAAUAUAAAAUUAUUCAAAGAAUUUGAGCACUUCUUUAUUAGUGCAAUUAAGCAAGUAGUUCGUCAACGUGAACGUGAGAACGUUAAGAAACAUGACUUUGCAGAUAUGUGUGUGUCAAUACAAAGUAAAGGAACAUUAAAAGAUCCUGCAACAGGUUUCAAAUUGGAGCCCACCGAUGAACUUCUCGCAGCUCAAGCAUUUUUCUUUUUCAUAGCCGGUGUCGAGCCAACAGCGUUUACAAUGUUUGCAACAUUGGUAGAGUUAGGUAGAAACCCAGAAAUACAAAAACGCUUACAUGAAGAAAUUGACGAAGCGUUUGAAACUAGUGAUAGCAAAUUGACAUUUGAUGGAAUCGUUAAUAUGACUUACCUGGAUAUGGUUAUGUCUGAAGCUAUGCGAAUUCACCCACCUAUCGGAUUUUUGUCCAGGCUUUGUACAGAAGAUACAGUACUUCCUGUUGGUAAUAUUAAGAUCGAUAAAGGAACGAGAAUUUUCACGCCAAUUUACGAGCUGCAUCAUGAUUCGAAAUAUCACCCGGAUCCAGAAGUUUUUAAUCCAGAGAGGUUUUCUCGAGAAAACCUUAAAAAUAUGUUAGAUAUUACCUUCCAGCCUUUUGGAAAAGGAAAUCGAAUUUGCGUUGGAAUGAGAUAUGCACAGCUACAAGCUAAGACAGGUUUAGUAUAUUUGUUGCGAAACUUCACUGUGAAUACAAAAAUUUUUAAAGGAGGUUUGAAAUACACAAAAGAUCAAGUGCAACUAAGAUUGACCAAUGUGGAUGUAGAAUUCGUUCCAAGAACGUAAAUGUUAAAUAAUAUUAUCGGU